AUGAAGCAGAAUGCGCUUCCUAUUUCAAUAAGGGAAUUUGCUGAUGCUCUGUUCAAGAGGCCAUGUCAAGUUCCUUAUCGUUAUGACCAGCGGGGUCAUAGGACCUUGGUGAGUGGAGGAGUAGAUUCAAUGGCCCUUGCGGCGUUAUGUAUGCAAAUGAAAAACAAUUACAUACCGUUUGCAUCUGAUGGAUAUCCAAUUCAUCUGAACAAGAUCGACUUUCGAGCUAUCAUUGUCAACCAUGGAGUAAGAGACGGCAGUCUAGAAGAAGCUCAGAAGGUCAUGAAAGUGUUAGAAUCUUUAGCCAGGAAGUACCGUUUUCAGGCGAUCGGAAAAUAUUGCCAGAAAUCCGACAUCAAUUCACUCCUUCUCGGACAUCACUCUGAUGACCAAGCCGAAACUGUAGUAAUGCGUCUAGCGAAAGGCGCUCUGGGAGCCGGUCUGCUUGGUAUCAAGCCAUCUUCUCCCAUACCAGAAUGCGGAGGUUUAUAUGGAGUUCAUGAAAGCGGGAGUCCCAUAACACUCUCUCCACCUAUCACCAAUCUCAAUCGUCAGACGAAGCCUCUCCCCUCUCGUCAGACAGGACAAAAUAAUAUCGAUUCGCCCGCAUCUGGGGCUAAAAACAUCAUGCCCGAGUUGAAGGUAGAAUCGGGGGGUAUUACUCUCUAUCGUCCUCUUCUUGAAUUUCCAAAAGAAAGACUCAUUGCGACAUGCAAGGCUCUAGGCAUGGAAUGGUUUGAAGAUGAUACCAACAACGAUCCCACCCUAACAGAUCGGAAUGCAAUACGUUAUUUAUACGAUCGUACAGGGUUGCCUUCCAUAUUACCAAAAUCUAGAGUUCUCUCUCUUGCAGCACAAUUUCAAAAUGCUGAUAACUUACGUCAACAAGAAGUUGAUCAGCUCAUCAAAAAAUGCAAAGUAACGAGCUUCAGUACUAGACGUGGGACCCUUAUAAUCAGGUUUCCAUUCAUAGCUCAUGAUGCGCCUCAAAGAUCAACGAUAGCCGCUAUGUUACUCCGUCGCAUAAUCAUGACAGUUACCCCGAAUUCCGUAGUAUCUCUCGAACAGGCUUUGAAGGCAGUUCCGGAAAUAUUUCCUCUGUCUGAAAACGAAAUCGCGCCAAAAAUCUUUAACACCGCUGGUGUCUUGUUUCAACCAAUCAAUGUUGAUCCAAAAAUCGGAGGAAGCAACGAGUGGCACAUCUUUCGUCAACCCAGAUACAGGUAUUCGCCAGAUGAAAUUGUUGUCCCAGAGCUGCUCCCGGAGAAGCAGCCCUCUUGGGUCUUAUUUGAUAAUCGCUACUGGCUUUCCAUACAUAACGAACUGGCCUCCCAGGCUGGUAGUCUGGUUGUUCGGUUCCUCAAUGAAGAUGAUAUAAGCAAACUUGGAAAAGCUCUAAACGAGAAAGGAUCUUGGAUAUUGAAGAGGCUUUUGAGAGCGGUGGAAGGUGAAAUGAGAUGGAUAUAUUCUCUACCUGUUGUGGUGUGGAGGCCACAUGGCGGUGUGAUUGUGGGCCAGGAGGUGAUUGUUGGUUUACCGACUUUGGGAGUGAGAGUUGAUGGUUUCAAUCGUGUAAAGUGGCUGUGUAGGUACAAGAAGAUAAAUCUGACAGACGUAGGUCUGCAAGCUGCAUUUAAACCGGAAUCUUUCCGAGUCCGUCGGGUGAUGGGGCUCAAAGGAGAGGUAUCAGAUGAGCCAAAGUUUGCGCCUUGGCUCAGCAAGCGCGAAAAGCUUCUGACUGGUUUGGGAAGAGUCUCGAGUUAG